AUUGGUCGUGGUCAAUUUGGUUCGGUUUAUCGAGCAUUGAAUCUCAACACAGGUCAAAUGGUUGCCGUGAAGCGAAUUCGACUGGAGGGUUUGAAAGAAGAUGAGGUAACCCAGCUUAUGAAGGAGGUCGAUCUCGUGAAGAGUCUCUCGCACCCUAGCAUUGUCAAAUAUGAAGGGAUGGCAAGGGAUGAGGAUACACUGAAUAUCGUCUUAGAGUAUGCUGAAAACGGCUCAUUGGGACAAACCCUCAAAGCAUUUGGAAAGUUGAACGAGCGUCUCGUGGCUAGCUAUGUCGUCAAGAUUUUGGAAGGGCUUCACUAUCUUCACCGAUGUGACGUCGUCCAUUGUGACCUGAAGGCAGCAAAUAUCCUCACCACCAAGAAUGGAAAUGUCAAGCUUUCUGAUUUCGGCGUUUCCCUGAAUCUGCGUGCCAUGGAACGCGAGAUAAAGGAUGUUGCUGGUACCCCCAACUGGAUGGCCCCUGAAGUUAUAGAACUCAAAGGCGCCUCGACCAAAUCGGACAUUUGGUCAUUGGCAUGCACGGUCAUCGAGCUCUUGACCGGUCGACCUCCAUACGCCGAGAUUGCCAAUAGCAUGACAGUCAUGUUCAGAAUCGUUGAGGAUCAAAUGCCACCCCUUCCAGAAGGAUGCUCCGAGCCAUUGCAAGACUUUCUAAAACAGUGCUUCCACAAGGACCCUGUAAUGCGGCCAAGUGCAGAGUUGUUGUGUGAGCAUUAUUGGCUCAAGAAGAAUUGGGACGCAUUAAAAGUAAGCCUAUAUGCAGUCCAUGAUCUGGAAGUUAACUUAUGGUGUGCACUUAACAGGAACUGCGACCGCAAGACAGCAUUCCAUUUUUACGUCGUGUCAGUGCUGAUAUUCAAAAGUCAGACGUGGCUCGAUAUCUUGCCCAAAUGGAUAUGGCAUAUGCUGAGACACCGCUACCCGAAAGUCCUUCCCAUGAUAUCCCACAUGGUUCUCCUCCUGGUCGGCGAAGACUUUCUAAUGGCCCUAAUAGUCCCAUCGGCGUAG